CCUAAACACCGCUUCGGUCACCAUUUAAUUUCUCUUCAUAAUCUUUACAUUUUCUCGUGAUUUUUCAAGAUUGAUGACUUUGCGGACAGACACGUAAUGCGCAGAAAUAAUAUGGAAGACACAAGGCAUAUAAUUAAUCGAAAAAUGGGUCGAGCGACAGUUGAAGACGCGCGGGAAAUGUUGAACAGAAAGCGUUAUCGUCGCGAAGAAGAGGAAGAUCAGAGGUCUUCAGAUGAUGAUAAUUACGUUCCGUACGUACCCGUCAAAGAAAGACUCAAACAGACUUAUGCUAAGCUGGGCCGGCUUACACAGCUGAAGGACGAAGGGAAGAAGACAAAGUCUUCGAGUGAAUGUGAAAUGGACAAUGAUGAAGAGGACGAGGGACAGGUGUGGGGCCGCAAGUCAAAUAUUAGUCUUCUGGACCAGCACACUGAACUGAAAAAAUUGGCUGAAGCCAAGAAAGAGAGUGCAAUGGAGAAGCAACUGAAAGAGGAGGAGAAAAUUUUGGAAAGUGUGGCCGAGCGAAAAGCUCUGAUGGGUGUUGCUGAAUUGGCCAAGGGUAUUCAGUACGAGGAUCCCAUCAAAACUAGCUGGAAGGCUCCUCGAUACAUUUUGGCAAAGUCGCCUGCUUAUUUUGAAAGGUUGAGACGAAAGUGGAGAAUUUUAGUCGAGGGUGAAGACAUUCCGCCACCUGUAAAGACUUUCAGAGAAAUGAAAUUCCCAAAAGCUGUACUAGCCGCUUUGGACGAAAAGAAAAUCAUAAAGCCAACCCCGAUCCAAGUACAAGGAAUUCCCACAGUACUGUACGGCCGUGAUAUGAUCGGAAUCGCCUUUACUGGAAGUGGAAAAACGCUGGUCUUUGUCUUGCCGUUGAUAAUGUUCUGUCUUGAACAAGAAACAGCCCUGCCUUUUGUUAGAAAUGAGGGACCUUAUGGACUGAUUAUCUGUCCAUCUCGUGAGUUGGCUAAGCAGACGUUUGACAUCAUCCAGCACUUCACAGAGUUCCUGAAAAGAUUCGGAAUGCCUGAAAUUAGGAGCUGCCUCUCAAUUGGUGGAGUUCCAGUCUCGGAGUCUGCUGACGUUAUCGCAAAAGGCGUUCACAUCAUGGUGGCCACCCCUGGGCGGCUGAUGGACAUGUUGGACAAGAAGAUUGUGCGCCUGGACAUGUGCCGCUACUUGGUCAUGGACGAGGCUGACAGAAUGAUCGACAUGGGUUUCGAGGAGGAUGUUCGAACCAUUUUCUCUUUUUUCAAGGGUCAAAGGCAAACCCUGCUCUUUUCUGCCACCAUGCCGAAGAAAAUCCAGAACUUCGCCAGGUCAGCUUUGGUAAAGCCUGUCACCAUAAAUGUGGGCAGAGCAGGCGCCGCCUCUUUGAAUGUCAUUCAGGAGGUUGAAUAUGUGAAGCAGGAAGCCAAAAUCGUGUAUCUGCUCGAGUGUCUGCAGAAAACACCGCCACCGGUGUUGAUUUUUGCCGAGAAGAAACAGGAUGUGGACGCAAUCCACGAGUACCUUUUGCUCAAAGGUGUUGAAGCUGUGGCUAUCCACGGUGGAAAAGACCAAGAGGAAAGGUCGAGAUCAGUGGACGCAUUCAGAAAGGGUAGCAAGGACGUGCUGGUGGCAACGGACGUUGCCUCGAAGGGUCUCGACUUUGCCGAUGUUCAACAUGUCAUCAACUACGACAUGCCAGAUGACGUUGAAAAUUAUGUCCACAGAAUUGGUCGUACAGGCAGAUCGGACAAAACUGGCAUUGCCACGACCUUCAUCAACAAGUCGAAUGAUGAGUCCGUCCUUCUUGAUCUCAAGCACUUGUUAAUCGAGGCCAAGCAAAGGGUGCCCUUGUUCCUGGCUACGAUGCAGUCCGAGAACGAAAAGUACCUGGAUCUCGGAGACGAACGAGGCUGCAGCUACUGCGGCGGUCUUGGCCACAGGAUCACAAACUGCCCCAAGCUGGAGGCCAUUCAGAGCAAGCAGGCGUCCAACAUUGGACGAAGAGAUUAUUUGGCCAACACUGCAGCAGAUUACUAAUUUUUUUGUUCUUAUUUUCUUAAUUAUCUUGUAAAUCAAAGCACGAAACAAAUAAACCGCAGUAAUAACUUUUAAUUCA